AUGGCAUCCGAAUUCAGCACAAUAAUUCGUUCGCUCAUCGCAAGCACACCUUCCGGCGAGAUCAAGGAUGUUUACAAAGAUUUAGUGACAAUAACAGGUGAGAAUUCGGGAGACACUAUUUUGGACGCCAUAGCUCAGUACAACGUCGCAAACUUCAUUCCUGUUCGAGUUGGCGAUAAAUCUGUAAUAAUCUCAAAUUACAACAAAGAAGGUUCCAAGUUUUUUGAUCCUGCGACCUCCCAGUUAUUUUCAGUUGAUCAUCUCGAGCGCAGAGCGUUCGAUGUAGGGCCAAGUGAAAAGAAGCUAGAUAGCACUUCUGAGUCCAUUUACAAGGAUUUGAGAAAUUACACUUCAAAUACAUUCCCUGGUGAUGUUUCAUACGCUCUGUACCCCAAGGGGGAUUCUUCUAGAGAGAUUGUGAUAGCGCUGGUCAGUACGAAGUAUAGUCCCGGAAAUUUCUGGAAUGGCCAUUGGAGGUCGGUCUAUCACUAUAACACUGAAACUAGUCAGCUAAAGGGAACGAUAGAUAUUGAUGUGCAUUACUAUGAAGACGGAAACGUGAGUUUUGUAUGUACCAAGGACGUUGAGAACGAAUCAGCGCACGAUGUAGUCCUUGCCAUCAAAACGCUAGAGGGCAAACUGGAAGAAGAAUUGCGCGCCUCCUUCAACAAUCUGAACGAGAAAGAAUUCAAGUUGUUAAGAAGAAGAUUGCCUGUGACUCGGUCUCGGAUUAACUGGGGCAAAGGUAUAGGGAGCUACAGGCUUGGCAAAGACUCCGCUGAAAAUCAAUUUAGGUGA